UUGUGUGUUUUAUUACGUAGGUCUAUACCGGAAAUGCUGUUAUGUAUUGAAGCGAGUUUCACUCAUCUUCCAGUUGACCCUGCUCCCUUCUUUGGCCUGACUUUGUUGUUUUCUCUGUUCAAAGAAAGGAGAGCGAGGGGUCGGAAGGACACGGCUGUUGUUGACAACAUGUGGACGUUUUUCUAUGUAUUGUUUGAAUCGUGAAUGAUUCGUGAGUACGUAUGGAUACAGUCGGUGGGGACAACUGGCGGAGACGCACGAGGAGCGCGCGAGCCUACAAACAAGCUGUAGCACGAGCUGACGAGUCCUGUGUGCUGCGGUGUCUGAGCGUUGGAAACACGGAAGACGGCCAUGACAUGGAGGAGGACAUCGGCCUCUUCAAGCAGGACAGUCUGGAGCGCAGGGUCAUGGCGCCCCGCUACAGCCUGCUGCGGGAGGUGGGAAGGGGCACAUACGGCGUGGUGUACGAAGCGGUGGCCCGGAGGACCGGUGCGAAAGUUGCCGUGAAGAAACUGCGAUGCGACGCGCCGGAAAACGUAGAGCUCGCCUUGCAGGAGUUCUGGGCGCUGGCGAGUCUGGAAAAACGGCAUCAAAAUGUGGUACAACUGGAAGAGUGUGUGCUACAGAGGAACGGUAUGGCUCAGAAAAUGAGUCAUGGGAACAAAAGGUCCAAACAGUACCUGCGUCUGGUGGAGACUUCACUAAAAGGUGAGAGAAUGCUUGGUCCUCCAGAGGAGUCUUGUUACCUCUGGUUUAUCAUGGAGUUCUGUGAAGGCGGCGACCUCAACCAGUUCAUCCUGUCUCGGCGGCCCAACUCACAAACCAACAACAGCUUUAUGCUGCAGCUGACCAGCGCCGUUGCUUUCCUGCAUGAAAACAACAUUGUCCACAGAGACCUCAAACCUGACAACAUCCUCAUCUCAGAGAAGUCAGGGACUCCAAUUCUCAAGGUGGCUGACUUUGGCCUGAGUAAAGUUUGCGCUGGUUUAGGAAACCGCAACGAGCGUAAAGAAGGCGAAGACAAGAACAAAAGCGUUAAUGUCAACAAGUUUUGGUUGUCAUCGGCGUGUGGCUCAGACUUCUAUAUGGCUCCUGAGGUGUGGGAGGGUCACUACACAGCCAAAGCGGACAUAUUUGCCCUAGGCAUCAUUAUCUGGGCCAUGUUGGAGAGAAUUACUUUCAUUGAUGCUGAGUCUAAGCGGGAGCUGCUGGGUUCUUAUGUGAGACAAGGAGUGGACAUUGUGCCGGUGGGCGAGGCACUGCUGGAGAAUCCAAAGAUGGUACUAAACAUCCCACAGAAACGCAGGUCAUGUAUGUCCGAUGGAGUGAGGAAGCUGCUGCAGGACAUGCUCGCCGUCAACCCUCAGGACCGGCCCGAUGCUUUUGAGCUGCAGGCCAGAAUGGACCAGGUUACGUGUGCUGCAUGACCCUCAACCACAUUGUUUCACAGACUUGUGUUUCUACCGGUAGCUGCUACAUCAGCGAGGGUCUGGCUGCUUUGAGCUGAAGACUGUGAAGAUAAAGGAGAAGCAAAGGAAACUCGUGACUCGUCAAGUUUAGAUGCUGAAAUGGGAUUUUUGUUUUCUUUGAAUCUGCCAAUUCAAUAGAGAAUAUUUCUCUUGACCUGUAUAUUAUGAUAAAGCAAGAAAACAUUCCUGCUGCUUAGUGGGAAGCUUGAUUAAACGGAUGUAACCAUCCCUUCAUCAAAGAAUAGAGGUUUGGAGAAAUUCCCAUCAGAAAACAUGAUGGUGACACUGCUUAACAAAGGACGGUGCAUCGAUUGACUCUAAAUGUAAGCUAAGAUGCGUGCACGUGUGUAGGGGCGAUCGUCUCCGUGUGUCGGGCAUUUUGAUAAUAUUGGAUGAAAACAACUGCUACUGGAAAACCUCUCACUUCAAGUGGUGGAGUUUCUGUUGUCUAAAACUUGAGUGGAGUCUGGUUUAAUGUCAGAUGUUUGACUUUGCUGCCAGUUUGGAUUGUAUUCCCCAUGCUGUAGUGUUGGUCGCCACACUAGGGAACGUCAUUGCCCUGCGUUUCCCCAGGGAGAUUUGACAGCUUUAUGUACUGACAAAAAAAAACGUGUCAACAUCCUUUUUCUGUUGUUGGGUUUGAAUUUCUCCAGACAUCUGUUGGUUUACAUGGAAGAACACUACACAGGAGUCAUUGUUAGUUAUUAGAAGUGAGUGACUGUAAAAUCUUCUUUCAUAUAUUCAUAUAUACAGUCAGUUUUCUGUAAAUUCAAUUGAGACUGUUGGCUAAUCUUAAAAACUUGCAAAAAGCUUGUGAUUUCAGUACUGUGAUCAAGUCAUCAUGUUCAUUAACAUCAUGUGCAUUGCCUGCUAUCUCCUGAAUCAUCCAAAGCUUUUAAAGUGAUCGUUAACUUAAUAAUAAUGCAGAAUUUGUUAUGGUUGACAAAUGUCUUUAAUCCCACAGUAAGAAACGUAUAAGCCACUGGAUAAUGCUAGGUAUUUUUAGACUGGGUUUUGAUCACUUCAUAAUUCUGCCACCUUCCUAAGGUUCACAUCAGUGUUGCGUUCAUUUAAAGCUCAAAUAGUGAAACCUAGUUAGCAGACUGGGUCUGUCUGAGAGUUUCUCAUGGAAAUGGAUAAAGAAUUUUUGCUGGCAUAGAUGCAAAAGCUAUGUAAGGAAAUCCCGGGUCAAAUUUAAGCAUAAUUGCAGUUAAAAUUGUUUAAAAAGUAAAUUUUCAUACUCUUUACAAGUAUGUUAUGAGUACAUAGGGAAAGUUAAAAGAAAAAUUCUGAAACGCGGCGUAAACUAGACACGUGAUGGGUGUGAAUGUUUAGAGUAUAUCUGGAGACAUGCAGGACAUACACAGGCCCGACAUUACGUUACCCCUCUUCUUUGACUAGAAACCCAGUGCUGAGUGCAGCUUAUUUGAUUUCAUGGACACUUUGAUUUUCACUGUAAUCUCAUUGGUUAUACCUAGUGGUGCCUUGAAUUUGCAAGUCAGGUAACAUUUAGAUCAGCGGUCUAUUGUUCUUUGAUUUGGCACUCCAAAUACAUUAUUCAUGGUAUAUGGUCUCGAUAAUUUAGUUUCUUCAGUAUUUUGGGUGUAAUUAUGGAUGAGGAAUGAUAAAUGUAUUAUUACUAUACAUAUAUUUACUAUUUGGAAUUGUACUGUUUUUCUGUAGAACAUUUGUUGAGUAAAAUCUAAUUUUUAAAGGGAACUGAAGAUUGAAUGUUUGAACAGGUGCCAUUCAUGUUAAAGGAGCAAAGCCGCAGAGCUGUUUCUUAGCGUUUUGGGUGGAUUACGAGUUCUAAACUGUGAUGAAUCGGAUGUUUCUUGUUGAGAAAUAAUCACACUUUAUCUAAGUGUUGCUAAAAUCAGCCACAGGCCGUUUGUGAGGUCUAAUUGUGCCUGUGAUGUGAAAAAAACGAGCUUAGAAGCAUGUUGGAACAUUUGUACUGUGAACCACAGCUGAAUAUUGUAUCUCGGUUGAUAUUUUUGGCCUGAAACCAAAGGUCUGAAGUCUGUUAUGUUGAACUAAACUGGGACCCUGAAUGUUUUCAACGAAUCCGAUUUCUUUUUUUAAUUGUACUACCUCAUGUUUCUGCACAUUUUCACAUUUCCUUUUCUGAGCCAUAGUUAAAUUUUUCCAACAAAAACAUUCCUCAGUUAGAGACAGCCUGGCAGAUUUUAAGACUUUUAUUUAAUGUCAUCAACGUAUUUGUUAGAUGUGUGCAGUUUUCCUUGGAUUGUGAAUGCAUCACAUUGGUUUGGAAUAAGUGACGUUUGACUUCUCUCUGUUGCUUUGACUGUUUCUUUCUGUUUUUCCUGAUGCAUUGAGAGAAAUGGGUUUACAUUGGUCCAGAUGUUUACACACCUUUUAGCUCAACACAGGCCGUGAUGUACGGAGUUAAUUUCUUCAACUUCUGUGAAAAUGGUUCCUCAGUUUCCAUAAUGUAUGUGCAGUGUUUUAUUGUGUAGGGUAGGUAUGAUCAUCUUGAAUUGAAGGUGAGCUAAUGGUAGCGCUUAGCCUGACUUAUCCACUCACACACCGUUCUUUAUUCUGAUUUCUGAGGAACUGCUUUCAUAUACUUUAAUUUAGAGGAAUGUACUUAAAAUAUCAAGAGAUUCAAGCAAACCCUCAACAUAUUCCCCUUAAGUCUGUGUAGCUGCCCCUGGAGGUUUUCCUUUGGUGUUUGAAUAAUGUACCUGUAUAGUGUGCAGUAGCACCACGUUUGACUAAACUCUGAUGACUAAUGGGUCACUUUUGUUACAUACAACACUUUUCUAUGCAACUCUUCCUUUGUGGAUACACUAUGGAACAAUCCAGGUGUGGCUCAUUCUCUUUUAGUCCUCUGCUUCUCAUCCUGACAGGAACUGGACUAUACCACUGGACAUUGUGUUCAGAUGACUUGACCCUUUAUUUCAAAAUUACAGUCCUUGGUUGUACAUGAUGCUAAAGCUGUUUGCUUUAAUUAAAGGUGCAGUAGUUAAGCCUUAUAAAACUAACUUCCUGUCAUAUUUGCUGAAACUGACCCUAUGUUCGAGUAGAACUACAUGAAGCAGGUAAUAAAAAAAAUAAAAAAAAUCCCGCUCUUCAGGCACCACCUGCAACUUGUAGUGUGAUUUUGCAAAAAUGCCCUUGUUGGGGGAGGGGCGUAGGAGACCGUUUUGGGCUUUAACGGAAAGGGGGGAGGGACUGAGAAGUUGUCAAUGUUCAAAUGUUUUGGCUGAGUCCUGGAUUUUUGCAAUCCUACCUGCGGCAUCUUUAAAAGAAAAAUGUUUUUAUUGCUGACUUUGUACAUAUCUUGGUUCUGUUUCAAUAAAGGUUGGAAAUACCUCGUA